AUGAUCAAGCAAAUCGUCUGCUCUGGCACGCCUUACAAUGUACAUCGGCUAUACCCAUGGCCAGCAAGCCCAGGCCGAAAUCGCCCGCGCAAUCACUUUCAUGCCGGCCUGUUCAUGAAGAACAGCAAGCAGACCUGGCCGCAGGUCCAGGACACGGCACGCCAGUUCGACAGGCUGAUCAGGGAGAAAUGGCCUCGGUAUUAUGAGGAGCUGCGGGGCAUCGCAGACGGUGCCCAGCGCGAUAUCCUCGACAUUAUCGCGCUGAAUGUCCGUACGGAGAUCGCCUUUGGCCAGUUCAGCGACGGCUGCACCAGCCUGUACUGGCGGGAUGAGCGGUAUGCGUUUCUGGGUCAGAACUGGGAUUGGAUGCAAGAGCAAAAACCAAACCUCAUCCAGCUCACCAUCAUCCAGGACAGCCUGCCCACGAUCAAGAUGGUGACCGAGGCCGGGAUCGUUGGCAAAAUCGGCCUCAACGACCGCGGCGUGGGCGUCUGCUUCAACGCCAUUCGCGUGCCAGGCGUCGACGCAUCCCGGCUGCCGGUGCACUUGGGGCUGCGACUCGUCCUGGAGAGCACGUCGACGACAGAGGCCGUCGAGAGGCUCGAGGAGAUCGGCCUGGCCAGCGCGGGGCACAUGCUGAUCGGCGAUGCUGCCACAGCGACGGGGCUGGAGUUUACGUCGACGACGUUCGCGCGGCUGGCCCUUGAUGCGAACGGACGCAUCGUCCACACGAACCAUCUCCUGCGGCCGCAUCCGGGCGUGGUCGAGUCGCAAUGGCUGGCAGAUUCCCCGGCCCGGAUCGACGUGAUGGAAAAGAAUGCUGCCGCGGCAGGACAGCUCUCGUGGCAGACGUUCAGCCGCCUGUUCGAGGACGAGACCAACUACCCGGUGUCGAUCUGCCGGGCGCAGGAGGGAGCGAGCACGGCGGCGACGCUGUUCAACAUCGUCAUGGAGCUGGGUGAGAAGAGGGCGGUGGUGAGGAUGGGAAGGCCGGCGGAGAUGGAGGAGAGGGUCGUGCUGGAGUUCAGUUAA